AUGGACUACAGCGCAUCUAUCCACGAAGUCGAGGAUCCGACUGGAGCCUCGCCUUGGGGCAAUUCGCCCACCGCAUCGCCUCAGCAUAAUCGACCCGGGUUUGGGAAUAUCGAUACCACCGGCGUCGAACCUCCCCCAUUCCGCAUCAACACACAGACCUCCAAUGGGUUUUCGCAGGAUCCGUCCUUAACCGAGGGGUUUCAACGCUCUGGCACGGAAACGAGCACCACCGGCACUGAUGGUGACCGCGAGGAGUCGGAAACGCAGAGCGUCCCAGUGAGCGGUGAGGCGACCGAGCCGCAGUCCGAGCAGCCUUCGGGGCCUGGUGCGCCGGAGGUUGCAGGUCAGGGACAACAACACGAGCAGCCUGGGCAGACCGAGGAGUCGCGACGCCCCCCGAAGCCGCAAUACAAACUACAGGCCAAAGUCACAGGUCUCGAGCGCACGGGAAAGAAGGACCCUAUCCUGCGAUUCGAUAUACACACUAACUUGCCGCGAUUCCGAACGACUCAGUAUCGCGAUGUACGACGACUUCACUCCGAGUUUGUGAAGCUAGGAGAGCACCUUGUUGGGGCCAACCCUGAAGCUCUCGUGCCUGCUGUGCCUCCACCGGUCACGUCAGCUGGUGCAGGCACCGAUGAGGACGAAACACGAGUCAAAGCCCUGAUGCAGAGGUGGUUCAAUUAUGUCUGCAGCAGCGAGGUACUGAUGAAGGAUGAUGAGAUGAUCCUUUUCGUGGAGAGCGACUUCGGCUACAGCCCGCUUGUGAAAAUGAAGCAGCCAGCGACUGGCGUGCGUCGAAAGAUCCUGAAGCAGUUUGCGCCCCCUCCCGAUGAUACCCCCGAACUCGCGGAAGCCCGACCGACGGUCAAGCUGUUCUACUUGGGGUCGAUGGACGCCGGACACAAGGUGGAUAAGAUGGUCAAGGCGAGACGCGGGCUCGGCCUUACAGAAUCGGAGUAUGGUGUCAAGCUCGGGACCAUGCAUGUCCAAGAGCCGCACCCAGGACUGGCGAACGCGUACCGCAAACUCGGCAAGGUGGUCCAGACUAUGGGCGACUAUCACGCUGCACAGGCGACGGCCGAAGCUACAACCAUCGGAGACCCCUUUCAGUAUCACUCCCAGGAUGCAUUUAUUGUGAAGGAGACGUUGACCAACCGUCAAAUCUUGAUGCGGGAGUUUAUCCAAGCUCAGGAGGCCACCCGCAGCAAACUCAAUGCUGCCGAUCGACUCAAAGCCCAGUCCAGUGUACGCCGGGAAAAGGUCGACGAGGCUAUCGCUGCUCUGGAUGAGGCUCGCAACAACGAGACUUAUCUGUACAACAAGACCCACAACGUCACGCAGAACCUCGUUCAAGAGCGCCGCAAGUGGUUCAGCCGCACCGCCACGGACUUGCGCAUGAGCAUUCGCGAGUAUGUGCUCCGAGAGAUUGAGGCUGAGCGCCGAACGCUUGCUCUCCUCGAGAGUGUCCGUCCCGACAUUCGCGGCAUCGAUGCAUCCGGUGGCCUCAGCCGUCUAGGGCGAGAGGCGCACCCUGCAAUACGCCGCUCGAGCUUGGCUGCGAGCCAGGGACCAAAGGGUGACUCCUGGAGCGGUGUUCCCCGACGCUCUGAUGCCAACAGUCGCACUGUCUCCAGCAGCUUCAUGGGCCAGCUGCCUGAGGAAGGCGAUGGCGAAGAAGGCGCCGAAGUCAGCUCCGGCCGCCUGGGCUCCAGUGGAGCUGUGGGACCCAAGGAUGAGGACGACGACGAUCGCGUGGAUGCCAGGAACGCGGCUAGUCGGUUAGCCACGAGCACGUUCUGA